AUCAGUGGUCACAUGACACACUCCCUUUCUUGAGACUACAGUACUAUGAACUUUGGCUCAGUUCCUCUGGGAAGUGGGAAAAGUAAGCAAAAACUAAUCGCUUGAAUUACUUUUAUUUUAAAAUCGGUGUUUUUGAAUGUCACUAGAAAUGAGCAGCCGUAGAUGCACGUUGAAUUCUUUCAAACCAACGUCAGUGACCCAAAUGAGAGUGGAGCAGGUGAGUCACGUUAACGACCAAGACUAGUAUGCGAACUGUUUUUGACAUUCAAAAUGGAGACCGUUCUAACGUCUAAAUGGAGAGAACCCCAAUGGAAGGAUACAGCGCGAUUUUUGUUAGAAGGAAACUCGUUCAAAUUUGACAUUUAAAUUCGUCGGGCUGUCAUCCAAAAUUACCGGAACAGCAGUACCAUGGAUGAGGGCAGCUCGACUGGGCCGCAUACCACCCCUGACGCCCACCCGGACCGCGAAUGGACACAAGGCGCCGUUGCGGACGGACUCUCCCGGUAUGGCACUUCGCUCAUGCCGGGUGCUCUCCAGCGGAGGUCGCGGCUGCUACAGAGGCAGCAAGACGACUCCGACGCGGACGCAUCUGCCCGGCGCAAGAAAUCCACUAAAGAGUUGUCCCAGGGGGGGUUGGGGUUGGCUCUGUACCCAAUGGAGCACGUGUGGAUGCUGUCAGCCGUAGAGGGCAAUUGUGACACCCUGCUGGAGUUCGUGUCCGAGGAACCGCUGCUGCUCACCAGGCUGGACUUCAUCAGUGGCUACUCGGUGCUCCACUGGCUGGCCAAGACCGGCCGAGACGAUACGUUGCUAAAGCUGCUCCACCGAGCCGAGAAAGCUGGAGGACAGCCAGUGAGCGUAGACGUGCGGGGGAGCGGUGGCCUCACUCCGCUGCACGUCGCCAGCAUGCACGGCCACUACGCGGUUGUCAAGCUCCUCGUGGGCGCGUUCGGUGCCGACGUAGAUGUCAUGGACUACGGGGGCAGGCGCGCAUGGCAGUAUCUGACGCCGGACGCCCCCCGUGAGAUGAAGGAGCUGCUUGGGACGUGGGACGACGAGCACGCCCGCAGGGCGGAACCCAGCUACAAUAAGAACUGUAACAGCGUAGGCGACUUAACAGUCAUGCCCGGAGAGGACGUGGAGGCUUUGACUGAUGAGGUGGACUCGUUUGACCGCAGCAGAAGAGGCAGCUGGAGGUUUGGUUCCGUGAAAAGGUUCUUUUCAUUUCGCACCAGUAGAUGCUGACAUUUUCUGUCAAUACGGUACUGUGCUUUCAUUCCCUUGAAGGUGCUUUGGACCUUAGGUUGUUCCAAUUACAAUAUUUGACAUGCAAACAGCACUCUCGCUAGCCGGUGUUAUUUUUCCAUCUUGAAUGGCAGUGUUAUUUGGCAGAGACAAGCAAACAUGAGCUACAAAUACAAGCAUUUGUGGUGUGGGUAGAUCGGAAAAAACAUGACUGCUUUUCAUUUUGCUGUUUUUUUUACUCCUUUUAAAGAGUAAGAUCUCAUU